CAAGAAGAUCACACCAUCUCUCACCAUCAUCAGGAUAAAGAACUAAAAGGCAUCAAGGCUGAGAUUAAAGAGGAAGAAGAAGAGACGCUUGUGAGUGGGGCUCAGCAGUCUAUGGAGGAGGAGAUGAUUAUAAAAAGUAAAAAGGAGGAAUCUGCUCAUUAUGCCAACGCAAAAAAAAUGAAACGUGCCGCCAAAGCUGUGACACCAGAAGAUGCCAAGCAACCGCGGAUGACAAAUUUCUUUGCAAAGAAUUCUUGUUCAGAAGGUGCAGUGCAAAAUGUUACUGCAGAAUCAAACGGCACAAGCGAAGAACCACCAGCAGAGACGUCCCCUUCAACAAGUCACCCUCAAAAUGAAAGAAGAAGGAAGUUUAAACAAGAUUGGUGCAAGCUACUCACGUGGCUUAAAUUUGACCAUAGCACAGGCAUAGCCAUAUGUGAGAUUUGUUCCUCCUUCCCUGGCAUUGUUGACCACGCAUCCAAGAUUGUGAAAGGGUUUUCAGGACCGUUUAAACUGGAGACCUUCAAAAAACAUGGACAGUCACUCCAGCAUAACAAAUGUAUAAAAGCCAAACACGCCCUGUUGGCUGCAGAAGCUACGCCGUUGCCUGCAUGCGUUAAGAAAAUGGACCAGGGGGUGUUCAACCACAUGAAAGUUCUAUUUAAUGUGGCCUAUUAUAUUGCAAAACACAACAAGCCGUAUACAGACUUUAAAGGUUUGUUAGAGCUGACGGAGAAACUAGGGGUUGCUGCGAGAGAGGAGUAUGCGAAUGACAAGAGAUGCAAGGAAUUCAUCUCGCAUAUUGCAACUGUAAUCCGGAAAGAACUCAUCUGCGAGCUAAAGAAGGCCAAAUACGUUAGUUUGAUGCUAGAUGAAUCAACUAACAAAGGAGGAGUAGAAGAAUUGAUAUUGUAUGUCAGAUACAUCAAGAACAAUGGGAUCAAAGAAGUAUUUCUCUCAGUCCUACCUCUUGAAAUGGCAACUGCAGAUGGGUACUUAGAAGCCAUCACUAAAGAGCUGAAGACACAUGGUCUUUCAGACUGGCUUUUUUCAAACAAGUUGAUCGGAAUUGGUACAGACGGUGCUGCAAGCAUGAUUGGAGCUGAAGAUGGGCUGGUACAGAAAGUACGUAGAAAUCUCAGCCAUGUCAUCGGCAUUCACUGCGUCGCACACAGAUUAAAUCUAAGCGUGUUAAGCUCCGUGAAGGAGGGAAAAUGCAUCGACGACCUCGACUCCGUUUUGAAGAAGCUGUAUCAGUUUUACCAGCAGUCGCCCAAGAGAAUGCGACAGCUGAAGCAGGUAGCUGAAAGUUUUCACGAGAAAAUCCAGAACUUUCAGUACUUGCAUAACAUAAGAUGGGUGUCGAGCAAAGUCGGCGCUCUCUCCGCACUUGUCAAAGACUGGAAAUGUGUGACGGUCCACCUCGAAAGCGUCGCGGCGGAAAAGGACAGCGCUUCUGCCGUUGCACGCGGUUUGUUGAAAAAGCUAACCGACUUUAAAUUUGUUCACAUGCUCCAUUUUCUGCUCGACUAUCUAGAAAUUAUUAAGAACCUCUCCCUUUUAUUUCAAAGGGAAGAGCUUUUCUUAAGCACCAUUGAGUUGCACGUGAAAAACACAAUUUGUUCUUUGAAAUCGCUCAAAGAUGUGCCAAAACAGCACGAGGAGAGGUUUCUAACUGGAGCGUCACUCAAAGGACAGUAUCAAGAUGUGCAGUUGCAUGGACUCGGCAAUACCGCAACUUCUUUGAUCCAAAACGAAAAGGAAAAAAUGAUUCAGCACGGUGCGAAAUAUCUAGAAGAGCGAUUUCUCAUUCAAAGGAAUAUUGAACGUUCCACUGCAGUUUUUGAUACCUUCGCCUGGCCAUCGGGAAAAGCGCUACAGGACUAUGGUGUGGAUGACAUUACCGCAUUGGCUCAGCAUUUCCAGAAACAACUCUCAGCGCCUGAAAUGCACGAAAAAAGCAUGCAUGCAAUCCACAACGAGUGGUAUGAAUUUAAAGUUCUUGGAAAAGGAAAGAAACUGUGUGAACUUCUGGAUUUGUCACUCUCCAACACAGACAGAUUUCCAGUUUUGGGAAACUUGUUGUCUAUAGUGUCUGUCUUGCCUGUCUCAACCGCGUGUUGUGAGAGAGGAUUCAGCUUAAUGAACCUGGUAAAAAAUAAGUUCAGAUCUUUAAUGCAGCAAGAAAGUUUAGGCGAUUUGUUGAUGACCAACAUGAAUGGACCAUCAGUGAAGGAUUUUGAUCCUGUAAAGGCUAUUGACCAUUGGUACUCUAAUUGCAAACGUACAAGGCAUAUUCAUGGCCACAAAAAGCCAAGUGAAAAAAAAAUGACAUUGCAUUAAACACUUGGUGUCACGUCAGAAUAUUUUUGUUACCUACACAAGUUAAAUGCCUUUUAUAUAAUGUUUGGUUCUAGUCAUCUUUCUGUGUAAAUUUAAGAUUGGUUAAUUUUUAUAUUGAAAAUAAAGCUUUUUCGGUCGUAAAUAAAA